AUGUCUUCAUCUCGAGACCGUGUAGAAGACACCUACGAGUCUCAGAAUGACCAGAGACUAGAUGAGCUGCACACCAAGCUCCGAACAUUGCGCGGCGUUACUACGGACAUUUACGACGAUGUCGAGGGACAGAACUCGGCUCUGGACUCUGCAGGAUUUCCACAGCGCGACACGUUCGCAUCCUUCGGCACUUCCCUUGCCCAAUCAUCGCGACGAGCUGGACAGGCUUUUGGUAUUGGCUCAGGAGGCGUGAAGCAGUGGCGGACCAUAGCGUACUGCGCGGCGGCCUUCAUUGCGCUCUGGCUACUCUGGAAGGUUCUCUGGUGGUUCUGGCCCAGCUCAUCGCCAUGA